CGAUACGAUCGUUACAAUUUUUUCUUUUUGAAAUUCAAAUUUAUUCAUUACAUAUUUGUUGUACCGCCACUGCAUUUGUACGUGUAUCGAAGAAUUCAGAUUUGCAGAUGGGCGCAUGUUUUCAAUCUGAUAAGAUAUUAAUCGGUUAUUCGAAGAUUUUAUUCUUUCUUUUCUGCUUUGUCUGGUGAAUGAGAUAAGUCAUCAGAGUUGAGUUCUUGAUAUAGAUAUUUUUUGGUAUUAAAUUUUGAGAUUUAGUUAGUAUUUCAUAGUUUCUAUUGGUUUAGUGAAACUCAAUUAAAAAUUGAGUUUUUGGGUGAAGCCCAGAUUUUCGAUUUGAAUAUAUAUUUCCAAGUUGAACUUCGUUGACCAACAUCCAACUUCGAAGAAUCAAUCACACCUGAAAACUGUGGUGAUCAGAACCUGGAAAUCCUUAUAUGGUGCUGUGUACAGUAUCGUACCAAAUCAGAUGGUUCUUCCUGCAUAGGAGCACUUCACCUGGAUUUUAAUUGCUAAUGGAAGUAUUCUGUUAUAUAUUUUGUUAUUUCAUUCGAUAUCCAAUUUAUAUAAUUUCGUAUGCUCUAUUUCAUUUUGCAUUUGAGACAUUGCGCUUCGAAGCUAUUCAUAAUAAUUUUCAUUGUUUAAAUCCAAUUGUAAGCAGCUAUUUUUCAAUAUUUCACUCUUAACUUUUUAUUCUUAUUUGAGCAAUUUAGUCUAUCUUAUUAAUAAAUCUCUGAAAGUGGAUAAAUUUGUUUUUGUGUGGGAACCAAAGCCUUCGAAAUUGCUUUCUAUUUUGAAAAUAGGUUCCGGGCUAGCUACAACCUAUUAACCCCGACCACCUCUCCGACUGAAGCUAGUAACUAACAGAUCUCUGAAGAGAGGAAAAACACUUAAUUGGUUACACAAUUUUUGGCGCCCAACGUGGGGCAAAUUUUUCGUAUUUUGCAUCCUUUGUUAAAAUUUCUGCAAUUUUGAAGGCUCCUCACACAAUCACAUAUCCAUAGGUAUCUUUUUCACAUUGCAAAAGAUAGCACGACAAGCGAUUAUCUCAGCUGGUAUUUGUCUCCACAACAUUCUUCACUUUAGUCUUCAUUAUGGUUAAAUUAAAUCCAAAUCAUUUGAGAAGUUUCGAACUAACCUAUGAAAUAUCAAUAAGAGGUAUUGUUCCCCCCACUACUGUUCAGGAAAAACGGAAAGUUUUAAGAGGUCUUUUAUCUCAGGAAAAUUCCGACAGGAGUUUUGUUGAGAUAUCAGACACAUAUAAGUUUGAUGAGAAUGUUAAAGAAAUUGGUGACACUUUAAAUGACAUUGAAGCUUUGCUGCAACAUCUUAGUGAUAAAUCUUCUGAUGAUGAUAAAAAGUUGGAGUCUAGAAUAACUCACGCGACAGGGCGAAUUUCGAGGUUGUUCGCACAAUCAGAAUCUGAAAACAAUGUUAAACAAGAACUUUUGAAAAGAGUAUUAAUUUUGGAAGCGGAUCUUUCUGAUAGGCAUGUUAAUAGAGAUCCAAUUGUUCAAUCGCCAUCUCAUUCAUCACAAAAUAACAAUCCAUUACAAUCAUCAACUCCAACUCAUCAUAGUGCAGCAGGUUUCUCGGUGCCUACUAAAAAGGUCCCAGUUUAUAAAUGGGGUAUAAAGAAAUUUUCUGGAAAAGAAGAUUUAUUAUCUUUUUUAGAAUUGAUUGACUCGUUAAAAUCCUCAAGGGGUUGUGAUAAUGCCGAUCUUUUUGAUUCAGCUGCCGAUCUUUUUGAAGGUGAUGCUUGGACGUGGUGGCAUAAUAACUUUCUGAAGAAUAGAUUUAGUGAUUGGUCUGAUCUAGUUUCUAAACUAAAAUCGACUUUCUUCAUAGUAGUCAUGAUGAAAUUAAGUUAG